AUGUUAUGUGAUGUAAUCAUUGAAGAGCAUCAUUUUGAGUCUGACAACACAGAGAUGCUAUCUGUGGAAAGUUCCUUUUUAGCAAGAUUUCUAGCCUCCAUUUCUAGCGCCAUUUCACUAGGCAAAGACGUUUUUGUACAUCAAGAAAAUAAAAGAAUCUCCUGUUUUAUAUUCAACUUUAGGUAUACAGAGUGUAUUGAACUUAAGCAGCAGUCCAGUACUCAAGAAUAUCCUGAUGAGCUGAGCGAGGCUGAGCUGUACAAGGCGCCCACCAGCGAGGAGCUCAGCCGCCUCAAGGAGACCGAGAACCUCUUCCACUCCAGCCUCCUCCGCCUGCAUGAGGAACUGCUCAAGGAGGUGAGGGUAAAAGAGAAGAAGAAGCAGAAGAUCGACGCCUUCCUGCAGGAAGUCAACCGGCGGCUGAGCGCCGUCCCCGCCACGCCCGAGGUCCAGCUGGUGGACCAGACCUGGCUUCCCCCAGAGGUCCGAGUCCCCUUCCUCCAGGUGCCUUUCCCCGUCAAGGGACGCUUCCGCUUCCUACCCCCGGCGCGGGUCACCGUGGUGGGCAGCUACCUGCUGGGCACCUGCAUCCGGCCCGAGGUGAACGUGGACCUGGCGCUGACCAUGCCUCAGGAGAUCCUGCAGGACAAGGAUGGGCUGAACCAGCGCUACCUCCACAAACGGGCGCUCUACCUGGCGCACCUCGCUCACCACCUGGCACGGGAUCCCCUCUUCGGCAGCGUCCGCUUCACCUACAUGAACGGCUGCCACCUCAAGCCCCUGCUGCUGCUGCGGCCUCAGGACAAGGAUGAGCGGUUGGUGACCGUGCGCCUGUACCCGUGCCCGCCCCCCGGCUUCUUCAAACCCUGCCGUCUGCUGCCCAACAAAAACAACGUGCGCACUGCCUGGUUCCUCGGGAAGGAGAACCCGGACCAAGGCUCUACCACGGAGCCCCCCACGCCCCACUACAACAAUUUGCUCCUGUGUGACACGGCCAUGGAAGCCCACCUGCAGUUCCUGGCAGCCGUGGCCGCCUCCCCUGGGCUGAGGGACGGCGUGGCCGUCCUCAAGGUGUGGCUCAGGCAGAGGGAGCUGGACCAGGGAAUGGGCGGGUUCAGCGGUUUCCUGGUGUCGAUGCUGGUCGGCUUCCUGCUGGCCACCCACAAGGUCAGCGCGUCCAUGAGCGGCUACCAGGUGCUGCGAAGCUGCCUGCAGUUUCUGGCCACCACGGACCUGACAGCCCAAGGGAUCAGCCUGUGCCGCAGCCCGGACCCCGCUCUGCCGGCCCUGGCCGACUUCCACCAGGCUUUCCCCGUCGUCUUCCUGGACACUUCCGGCCGCCUCAACCUCUGCCCAUCCGCCAAGCCAAAUGUCUUCUGCCACCAGGAUCUUUGUCUCAUGGCACUUAGUGAUUCGACUGGGGAACUGCACAACAAUGCAAUUAUUUUCUACAAAGAAGAAGAAACCCUGUGCAACACUGUCACCAUUGCUGGGACAUUUGGCAGAUGGAGUCCAGAGUUCUGUCCCUCUCCUCUUUUAGAGUUCAUGUCGUUAGUGUAUUCUGCUUACUCUGAACAAUGGACCGAGAAAGGAGUGACUGAUAUCAGAAUCAUGAGUGAAGAUAUGUAUUAUUCAUAA